CCCUCGGUAUUCCCCCGUUUCGCGACACGGUUGUGCGUCACACCGCAAACACGCCGUAAACGUAACUUCUCUUUCGUCACGAGUGUCUCGUGCUUCAAUCACAGCAGAGCCAACGAAUUGGCCGAUAAAACGUAUACAAAUGCGAGGAAUUUUCGUUACGCGUGUGUUUUUUACGCUUUCUAUCAUUGUUAUUAUUGUUAUGGAUGGGUGUGGGAACGUGCGGUAAUCCCUCUCUUUCUCGUCGUGCGACUUACGCGUUCUCCACAUGUACGCUUGAAAAACGACUGUUUGUGUUCGCCGAUAAGACUCGACGGGAAUCGACUCGAUUGUUUAUUUAUUUAUUUUUUCAUUCUCUAUCAAUGGUGAAGCAGCAGAAAAUUGUGCGCGAUGCCGGAGCAGCAGCUUCCAAAUUUGCGGCGGGCGUAAUUUCGAAGGCGUCGUGCGCUGCACACAACGAUCGUAAACGACGUGCAGUUCUGAGAAUGCUAUCACAGAAGCACCCGGAGGUGGAGACGGAGCCUGGUGAAGGAAGUGCAAAGGGUGGCGGAGGCAGAAACGACAAUGGAGCAGUGACGCCCGGAAGUUAUGCAAACGGGGAUGGCUCGAAAGAGUUUCUUUCGACCGGAAGAACCGGACGUAGAAACGCGAUGCCCGACAUUCUUGGUCAUCACGCGGAGACGGGAACGGCCGAUUUAUCGACGAGACUCGGGGCACUCACGACCGAAGAGGAGCACGAUCGAGCUGGAACGAGCGGCGUGGGUCAGGGCGAAGGUUCCUCCUCGCAGUCGCAAAUGGGCUGAAGAAAGAAAUAGAAAAAAGAAAAGAGAGACGUUCUCGAACGUUCGAUAAUCUCGAUGGUAAAUUUCCGAGGGAAAGCGACGUAAGAAAUGAUUGGUAAAGUUGCCACGACGUGAUUGGUCUCUACCUCGUACGCGAGUUCUAAAUGAAGAAGAACAAGCAAAAACCGUCAGGAUGAUUAUGCACCGUUGCUUCGAGACUCCGAGUUGACUCGAUAGCCAAAUCGCGUUUUGUCUUUGCGUUGAACAAAGUGAUCGGUAUAAUGCUCUACUAACGACGGGUGCGUGUGUAUGCAUAGAUAUUUGUAUAAAUAUUUGCAUAUCUUUAUCGAUAUUUACAUAUAUUUAUAUAUGUAUGAAUACACAUUCAUCAAUUAGAUCGACCAUUCGGCUGUGAAGUUUCAAAGUCGGAUGAACUUAGUCGCACACGUUCAAAAUCCCUCUUGUUCCAGGAUAGAAAAACGGGUGAACCUUUUUCAAUUUCUUCCCGAUUUUUUGUUUUCCCUUGUCUCAUUGAAAUCGAAAGAAACGAGAGAGAAUGGAAAAUCGGUGACUGGCAAGUCGCAGGAUCGAUUUAAAGCUCAAACCUUUUGUUUCUAACGCCUUUUCGCCCUGCGGCAAUGAAUUUUGUAUCAUGACACGAAAUACUUUCGAAAAUUUCACGACUUUUACUAUUUUUUUUUCUUUGUACCCGAAGAAACGUUAGAUUUCGAAGGAAAGAUUCUCGAAAUUUGUCGUUAUUCUUUUACCAUCAACGACCACAACGCUACUUUUCUGAUUCUUAAAACUGAUUUAUUUUAACGUUAUUAAUUUCAACAUUACGCAGAUUAGACGUUAGAAAGAAAAAUAAAUUUUGUGUGAUAUUAAUAGAAUGAUCGUCUUUCAGAAACUUUAUCGGAUUUUGUGGAAACGAUGAAAACUUAAGGAGAUCCAUGGCAAAUAUUUUUCGUAUUGUAGAAUUUAGAAAUUGCCUCGAUCUUACACUCUUGAAAUGAUAUUCGAUAGCCUCGCAAUGAGUUUUCUCGAAUUGCGAUCUCGAAAGUCUGUCUCAUUUUGAUUCUCAAUUGUCGUCGACGAUAAUACCAAUUGGAGUACCAAUUCAUUAUUUCUAGUAUUAUUAUUCGUAUGAUUAUCGUUUUUUUUUCGAUUUAAUCGGAUAGGAAUUAUUUUUUAAGGCUCGUGACCUACCACAGUGUACGACAAAAUUCUGUUGUUUUAUUCCAACGUACGUAGAGCAAGUGCAGCUAAUUUGGGAUAGCAUUAUACACGUUUUUUUGUAUUCCAAAUUAGCCUCCUUUCCUCUAACUUUGGUACGUACAGAUGUGAAUGAUUUGAAAGAUUGUACAAAAAAGUACAAAAUCUGCGAUCGAAAUUGUACUUUUUCGACAUUGAACUUGACAUUAUUUCAAUGCCAAUCUUUUUACGUAUUCGUUACAAUUGUUUUUUUUUGUAUUUCUUCUCCUGUCACUAGAGUAUUCGCGUGUACGGAGGUCUGACGUUUGACACUUGUAAGAAAAUUUUGUGAUCGCGCAAUUAGUGAAGUUGAUCAUUAACUGAGCGCGCAUAGGAAUUGUCCUUGCAAGCUCCGAGUCCGAAGAAUUUUUGUGAAACGCAUGAUAAGAUUUAUUAUUAAGGGGGAGAAAAAUUAAUGAAUACCUUGAUGCUGUACGCGAAUGUCAAACGAGUAAUUCCGCUCGACGUAGCUUUUAGUUUCUGUCCAUUGAUCGAGAAAGUAAAUAGAGUGACCUCCUUGCUAUUCUCGCUGCCUCGAGUAUUUUAUCGCUAAUAUUGAUUUAUGAAUUUUUUUUCUUUUAAUUACACCGACGAUUAGAUGUUUAUGUAACGGCGGACGAUGCGAGUUAUUUUUCUAAGCGCGUUGCGAGCGAUUUACGUUGACAUAAGAUUAUUUCUUCGGAGAAUCGACCGAGUUGGUGGAAUACCAAAUUUUUCUUCCAUGUAAUUUACUAUGGUUGAACCUGUCGCGUCGAUCCGGUCGAUCAACGCGUUCGUUACAAUUACAAGUGCUCGAUCCAGUGAUAUUUUUAUUGUUCGAUGUCACUUCUUCUGGAAUCGAGAAUUUCACUCGCCUAAGAAAUUGUUCGGCGUACAGGAGAACAAGAAAGAAACAUUUUCAUUGCAAGGACCUUCGUCUUAUUUGUAAUGUGCGAGACAUUUUUUGAAACUCGAAAAAUUUGAGAAGAAACCAAAUUGCUCCUCAUGACACUCAUCAAACAUGACAACAGUUAUUCGUUUUUGUUUUUUUUUGAUUUUUCGUAAUUUUAUUCUCGAUUUAUACGAGAUCGAAUGCGUAACGUUAAACGAAAUUCUCUCUUCAUCAAUACAUUGCUGUUAUCGUUCCUCAUGCGUUCAUUUUCAGCUCUCUGUUUAUCAUAAAAGUAUAAGAAACAAAAUAGCAGUGCAAUUGUUCACGAAAGUUGAUGAUUUGACUUCUUGUUUUGUUAAUCAAGCGACAAUAAUGCGUUGGGGACCUGUGAAUCCGCGUGUAUUCUUACCAUAUCAUGAAAUGCUGGGUAAAAUAUCGUGGCACAUAAAAAAAGUCUAUAUUUUCGUGAAUUCUUUACAAAUUUAUUUAUGAAUUCGAAUCGUCCAAAAAGUUGUAUCUCUUUGACAGCAAAUAAUCGAACGAAUUUCGAGCCUGACAGAAGAUUUAUUGACGUAAUUAGAUUGAAUUAUGAUUUUGAACGAUAAUUUUUUUGAAAUAGCAGUCUGGACGCCGCUUGAUUUUCAAAAACGAUGUAAAAAAAACUUCGAUAUUGUUAUCGACGAACGAAUGUAACGUCGGAUUUUAUUAGAUAGCGAGCGAAAGUCGCGCAAGUGCUUGAAAAACGUUGUUUCUCUUUGUAACCCAUGGCCAUCUGGUCAGAUCUAGUCAAUCGAAAGCAGAGAAAACGAUGAAUGCGAAAUCUUACAAAGUCUAUUAUAAAACAUGCGUGAACUGAGCCAUUUUUGUCGAAAGUUUGAAAUAAUAAAAGCCGCAAUCUCAGGAGAAUCGUAAAUUACUCCAGAAAUUAUUCUUCGACGUUAAGUGCGUGUGUGCGUGUGUGCGUUGGAGCGAGCGACUCGAUACUUGGGAUAAUUGGAAUGGAAAAGCGUGCGUCGGAAGAAGACAAGAGCGAAUGUUUGAGGACGAGAACACGUUUGUUUUGUGAACAAUCAAGUCGACUCGAGUUUAUUGUGCAGCCCUGUCGUUGCGUCAUCAACGAGACACGUUCAGUUCGAUGGAAGAGAACCGAGAGCACAGGCUUCGACGAAAUAAACGAAUUUCGCAGUGUUCCGCGUGUCUCCGCGAUGAAUUUUGAUAUUCUUCUGAGACCCGCCCUCGUUUCCUGGUGACAAUUUGUUCUAGUACUAAACUAUGCGACGAGGAAUAAAAAUGUUUUUAUAUGUAAAACGAG